AUGUUGAUUAAUGCCCAAGAGACUAAUAAGGUUAAAGGAAUCUGUGCAAGUAAGGAUGGUCCUAGAAUUAACCAGCUAUUGUUUGUUGACGAUCCUCUUUUAUUUGUUAGGAAUCAACGAAGCGAAGUGGAAGCCUUUACGCAAAUCCUGGAUACUUUUGAAAAGAUGUCUGGACAAAGCAUUAACUUUGAAAAGUCAAUGGUAUACUUUAGUCCUAACACCCUAAUGCCCCAUCGCAUGAAUUUUGGUGGAUUACUCAAGAUGAAGGUGGUUACCAAGCUCGAUGGCUACCUCGGUCUUCCCAUUCCUAUUAGAAAGAAGAAAUCUAGUGUCUUUAAGAGUAUUUUGGACUGCACUACUGCUAGUAGAAUUAACUGCUGGUUGAAGCGCUUAUUGCCUAAUGGUGGCAAGGAAAUUUUUCUCAAGUCGAUUCAUCAAUCGAUCCCUACAUAUGCUUUUUUAGUGUUUCUAGGCCCUAAGGGAGUUCUCAAGGAGCUUCAGUCUAUGAUUAGUCGAAUGUGGUGGGGGAGCAGAUAA